AUGGAUUGGUUAGAUAGCGUAUUGGCGAAAGAUCAAACUUUUUCAGGGGAAGUUGACAAUAACGGGAAUGAGGAGGAGCAAAUUGAACUGGUUAGAGUAAAUGAUGAUAAUAUUCUAUUUACGGAUUUAUCUGAAAUUAUAAAGGAGUUGAAAAGCAUAAAACAGGAAUCGCAGAGGUUGAAUCCGGAGGAGAAGACUGAAUAUAAAAACUUCAUGUCGACCCUUUCGCCCAAAAAAUCCUCUGAAUAUUCCAGAACGAAAAGGACAGGGAAACAAAUGAAUAAGAAGUAA